AUGGGAUUUCUGUUCAUUCAAUCCGAAUUGAAGGCAACCGAGGGCCGAAUUCAUGGUUGGCCAUUUAGGUAAGCUUUUUUUCUUGGUAUUUUAUUGUUUUAGCAGAGUAACAAGGAUGUCUUCGGCCGUAUCAAUCAAACAUCCUACCGUUUUUGGCCAGUCGAACCGUUUGAAAGAGUUGUUGAAGCAGGUUUCUCCGAUUUCUGUAUUUGGCCAUUGUUUAUGUAAGCUUUACUGUUUGUAUAUUGUUUUUUAGUAUGAAGACAAGGAUCAGAAUGUGUCGGUUUUAUCAACAAGAUAUGGUUCGAGCAAGAUGCGCCAAAAUGGAGAAGUCUCUUGGUCAAAUUUAAAAAGAAUGGAGUGUGGGAUCGAUGCGUUGACGAGAAAUUCCUUGAAGACAGAAUUGUCCACUAUAUCCGACACAGAAGGCCAUAUAUUGGAGACCACAUGA